CCCUCCCUUCUAUUCUACAAUCUGAGCCGCCUGGGGACGAUCACACACACAACUACCGAGGAAUAUGGCACUGGCAGGAAAGCAGUAUGAGGGAUCCGUGAACAAUUCCAGACCUGACAUGUGGAUUUCAGCUGUUCCUAAUGGGAAAGAUGACAUUAUCACAAGCCUUGUAUCUGCCUUAGAUUCAAUGUGCACCGCACUUUCCAAACUGAAUGCUGAAGUAGCCUGCAUCGCAGUUCAUGAAGAAAAUUCAUUUAUUGUUGGGACCGACAAGGGGAAGAUUUUUUUAAACUCCAGAAAAGAGCUUCGGACAGAUUUCCAGCGGUUUUGCUUGAAUGCCCUCAGAAAGGAGCAAGAGAAUGAUGUGCAAAGGAGAAGCAGGGACUGUGUCUGGAAUGUGCAACGAGUUUCCCCUGGACCCAGCUCUGAUAUCUACCUUCUGAGAAAGAUGGUGGAGGAGAUCUUUGAUGUGCUUUACAGUGAGGCCAUGGGAUUGUCCAAUGUUGUUCCUGUACCAUAUGAUAAGAUUAUAAAGGACCCUGGCUCAUUAGUGGUGCUUGGCUUUCCUGAUGGGAUCCAUUUGCAGAAGCCUUCUGAAUAUAAUCUAAAAAGCCUAAUGCUUAUUUUAGAGCACAGUCAUCGUAUCCGAUUUAAGCUGAAAAGAGCAACUGAAGAACCAAACAGAGACACAAAGCCUUGUUCAGAUUUCAACUGCUCCCCUGUUACCACAGCAAAAGUUGUUCCAGAUGCAGGUCUAAGUCCCAAGGUCUCCAAACCAACAAAUCACGAUAAUCCAUCUGGUGUACCAAACUUCAUGUACAAUGUCCCUCUACCUACCCAACUUUGUAUGGAACUAAAACAGGAGGCCCCAUCAAAUAUCCCUCUACAUAACCCUGUGAAUGAGGUACUUACCCACAUGUCACCAGGAGAACAGAAGCAGGACUUCCAAGAAUGUUCUGGUCCUCAGCCUUCUGUACCUGGCAGCAGUCUCAGGCAAAAUGUCCAUGCCUCAAAACGUGUCCUUUUCUCAAUAGUUCAUGAUAAAACAGAAAAAUGGGACAAUUUUAUUAAGGAAACAGAGGAUAUCAAUACCCUCAGGGAGUGUGUACAAAUCCUGUUUAACAGCAGAUAUGCUGAAGCAUUAGGCCUUGAUCACAUGGUGCCUGUGCCGUACAGAAAAAUUGCCUGCCAUCCAGAAGCAGUAGAGAUAAUGGGAAUACCCGAUAAAAUCCCUUUUAAACGCCCAUGUACUUAUGGAGUGCCAAAACUCAAGAGAAUCCUGGAAGAUCGGCACAGUAUUCAUUUCAAAAUCAAAAGUAUGUUCGAUCAAAGAAUUUUUGACGAAACAUCAAAAUCUGAAUCCAACUCCCUGGGAGAAGAGGCCGGUAGUGAUGUCCAGAAUAUCACGACCAUGGACAUGCUUGGGAGUAGGCCUGAAAAAAACAGCAUAUCAGAGGAAUGUGAACCAGGGACUUCAAGUGAGCCAAAUGGAAUAAAACAUAUUAAAGUGGAGCAUGAAGAUCAAGAAAUCAUGCAAGUGACCGUGCCAGAGGAAUUGCUUGGCAGUCUGAAAACUCCAGUGAAUUUAGAUAACACCACUUAUGUGCUGGAUACAGGAGCAGUUUCAGACAAAGGACCAUCUAUAAACGCCAGCAAUGCAGAGAAACACAUAGAUGAAGGGAUUGGAGACAUAAUCAGACAAUUAAGAAAAAGAGUAGAGAAUUUGUUCAACAAAAAGUAUGCUAAAGCAAUUGGGGCUUCUCAUCCUGUCAAAGUGCCAUAUUCCAAGUUCUUGAUGAGUCCAGAUGAUCUCUUCGUUUUGGGCCUUCCUGAUGGGGUUUCAUUUCGACGUCCAAACUGCUUUGGAAUCACAAAACUCAGGAGGAUAUUGGAACAUAGUAAUGACAUUCACUUUGUUAUAAAAAGGCCAGAACUAAUUACUGAAGGACUUAAGGAUUGCAUUGAAGAUAGCCCUGGCACUUUAGGAGUCAGUGAUAAAGAUUGUCACAAUUCCCUAUCAGAUGAAUCUACUAAUAGGCCUACUUUCCAAGAGAAUUAUGAUGCCAGAUUGUCACGGAUAGAUAUUGCCAACACUCUACGUGAACAAGUACAAGACCUGUUCAAUAAAAAGUAUGGUGAAGCUCUUGGGAUCAAAUACCCAGUACAAGUACCCUAUAAGCGCAUCAAGAGCAAUCCUGGCUCUGUCAUAAUAGAAGGCUUGCCUCCAGGGAUCCCAUUCCGUAAACCCUGUACUUUUGGAUCACAGAAUCUAGAGCGGAUAUUAGCUGUAGCAGACAAAAUCAAAUUCACAGUGGCAAGGCCAUUUCAGGGACUAAUCCCCAGACCUGAUGAUGAAGAUGCAAACAGAUUAGGCGAAAAAGUUAUCCUACGUGAGCAAGUUAAGGAACUCUUCAAUGAAAAAUAUGGCGAAGCUCUGGGAUUGGGUCGGCCAGUACUUGUACCCUACAAAUUAAUCAGGGAUAACCCUGACUCUAUAGAAGUCACUGGACUGCCAAAUGACAUCCCCUUUAGGAAUCCAAAUACGUAUGACAUAAAUCGGUUGGAAAAAAUCCUAACGGCACGAGAGAAUAUUCAUAUGGUGAUAAUAAAUCAGUUGCAGCCUUUUUCAGAACUCUGUAUUGACCCAGCACCACAAAUACAAAAAGACAGCGUUGCUCCCAAGCGCAAAAGGAAAAGAAUCUCUGAAGGAAACUCGGUGUCAUCAACUGCAUCCAAUUCUUCAUCAUCGUCCUCCUCUUCUUCUUCUAAUGUAGAGCCUAUCUCUUCAACACAUCCUAUGUCGUUAGUGCAGUGGCCUAUGUACAUGAUGGACUAUGGGGGUGUGAAUAUGCAGAUCCCUGGGCAAAUGAACUACUAAUCUUCCUAAAUGGGAGUUUGUCUGAAAUGUGUAAUUAUUGUAUAAAAGAUGUAUAUGAUGAUAUGGUACAAUACUGUUCAUUUUUUUUCCCAAUAAUUUUUACAGUACGUUUCUGGCAUCCAAGAUGGCCUUUUUGGAAUAAAAUG